UUUGUUUACUUCUGCUCAUCAGAGGCGUUUUGAUUUCUGUUUAAUUCUUUCGUUCUUCAUAACAAACUUAUAGUAAUUGAGUUGUGGAUUAGGCAGAAUGAGCCACUCUUCAUUCUCCAACAUAUGUCGAGCAUGCAAAUUCCAAAAUUCAACAUUUUUUAAGAUCUUUAAUCAAAGCAGUGAGAAUUCAGUUCAAAUAUCAACAAUGUUUUCAUCUAUCUCUACUCUCAAUAUCGACCCCAAUGAUCAACUUCCCGACUUAAUUUGUCCAAGCUGCUAUAGUAUACUCUUAAGGGCUUAUGAAUUCCAAGAAAUGUGCAUUAAUUCUGAUAAAGAAAUGCGUGCCGAACUAGCAAGGAUUUCUGAAAUAAGCGAAUGCCAACCGUUUAAUGAACCAUUCAAGGACGAUCCACCAGAAGCGAAUUCGAUGUUCAUGCAUGAUGGACAGGAGCAGGGAGAAACUUUUGAUGCAACGAGCUCGAGUAUUAAGGGUGGUGAAAAUGUUACGUUCGAGAAUGCGUCCGGAGACAAAAGUUCCAUUGAAACUAUCAAAGAGACCCUCGUAAGUGAAAGCUUACUGAAAAAGCCUCGACAUAUCUGUAAAAUAUGCAAUCGACAAUGGAGGACAGAAUCAAGCUUUUAUCGACAUUUGAAAACUCAUGGGGUCAAGACGGAAGACAACUCACAAGAACAACCAAAAAUUACUAAUACAUCAUAUGAAGAUUCAAAUAUGUGUGACAUAGAAGUUAAAUUAGAACGCAAUGAGUAUUCAGAAGAAUUCAAGAACCAAGAUUUUGCAGCACCUAAAUUGGAGAAACGCGACCACCAUUCGGAAAAUAAACGAUAUUCAUGCGAUUCGUGUCCAAAGACAUUUUCCCAGCUCAAUGUAUUAACGCGUCAUCGGAAAACUCAUGGCGAAACUAGAAAUUUUCAAUGCAAUAAAUGCGAUAGAACAUUUUUACUUCAAGUUCAAUUGGAUGAACAUUUGAAUUGUCACAACGGCCUUAGGCCCCAUGUCUGCCCUAUUUGCCAUAAAGGUUUUCAGCAAUCAUGUACGCUCAAAGAUCACAUUAGGACACAUAACGGCGAAACACCUUUUCUGUGUCCGGAAUGCGGGAAAGCUUUCAACAAUAGCAGCAACUUGAGACAGCAUUUACUACGCCAUAGUGGCGUGAAACCAUUUGCAUGUCCUGAAUGUCCUAGUCGUUUCACAACUAAAGGUGGCCUGAAAUCUCACAUGACAACGCAUUCAAAUGAAAAGCCGUUUCGCUGUGAUCAGUGUGAUGCGAAGUUUACUAAACCAUAUUCGCUGAGUAAACACAAACGCAUUCACACUGGUGAGAGACCUUAUUCCUGUGAGGUUUGUUCUAUGAGAUUUAAUUCAAAUGAUCAUGUUAAACGACACAUGCGAACACACACCGGUGAAAAGCCAUAUAGUUGCAAGUUUUGUGACAGAACCUUUGCUCAAAGUAAUGAUUUGGUAAAGCAUAUGCGAAGUCAUGUUGGCGAGAAAACUUAUGCAUGUCAAGAAUGUCCGGAGGCUUUUCGGUUAAAUAGUGAAUUACGUGCUCAUAUGCGAGAACAUUUUAAACAGCGUAAGGAGGAUGUGGUUUAUGCUGAUAUGAAAUCAAAUUUGCAAGAUAGUGAUACAACACUGCACAGUACAACUGAAUUUCAGGAUUUGAGGAAAGUCCGUGCGAGAAUGAAUCUCAGCGAAUUGUGCAGGAUUUGCAUACAAAAUGACAAGAAACUGCAUCAGAUCGCCAAGUCCCUAGCGCCGGAUAUAAAAGUGACCUGUAGCAGUGUUGUUGAAUUGUGGAAUAUUUUUCAUAAGCUUCUAAUAAGCACCGACGAUGAUUUGCCUGAUAAAAUUUGUGAUGAUUGCCUUGAAAAAGUCCACGAAGCAUACAUUUUUCUGGGAAAAUGUGAAGCAUCAAGAGGAAAUUUACUUCAGAUUAAAGACGCUCAGCUACAAACUGAACAAAACAAUGAACCAUUUCUGGUUGAAGAGCAUCAAGUUCAAACAGAUAUCAAGGAGGAAAUAAAAGAUGACUUCUUUCUGGAUGAUAUUAAAGGAAGUAUUCAACCAGUUGAACCAGUCAAUGAAGUUAAAGAAACGGUAGCGAAUGAGGUUGUGGAUCAAAUGGAAGUUGUGGUUGAAGGAGAAGCAACGUUUUCUGUGAAAGAGAUUAACACUUUUGAGACAAAUGGCGCUGAAGAUGAUGAUGACGAUAACUUCGAUGAUGAUAAUUCUGAAGAUGAUGAUGAUGAAGAUUGGCAACCACCAGCGAAAUCGGAUGAUCAAUCCGAAGAUAUAAAACCGAUGAAGGAAAAUCCGGAAGAUGAUACACCAAAAAGGAGGGGUCGAAGGAAACGAACCGUAAAAGAAACUGAUGACGAUAACGAGAAGCCUCGAUGUGAAAUUUGCCAUAAAGACUUCGACAAAAGGUCGCGGCUGGUACGCCAUAUGAAAUCUCAUAUAAGCGGGCGAAGGCGCAAAAAAGAGCCAAUGGAAUGUGAAGUAUGCAAUAAGAAAUUUGAGAAAAAAUCACGCCUUCUUCGUCAUAUGAAUGUACACGACCCCGAUGGACGGCCUUACGAAUGUGAGGUGUGUAAAGUUCGAUUUGUUCAUGAAAGUAAUAUGCGGCGUCAUGCAAUUGUACAUACGGAAGUUAUAAGCGAAUCUUCAACUGUAUUGAAACAACAGACCGUGUUCAAAUGUAUUGAGUGUCCGAAAGAGUUUGCUAAGCAGGAAUCAUUGGCAUCGCAUAUGAGAACUCAUCGAAGUAAGGGAGAGAAGAAGUCUUAUACUUGUGAAAUAUGCACGAAAGUGUAUCCACAAUUAAAUAUGCUUACAAGACAUAUGAAAAGUCACGAGGAAUAUCGAAAUUAUCAGUGCAAUAUAUGCGGAAAGAGAUUCGCUUUAACUUCGCGUCUUAUCGAUCAUAUUAAUCGUCAUAACGGAGUAAAGCCCCACGUUUGUCAUUUUUGUAACAAAGCCUUUUUGCAAAGCUGUACACUUAAGGACCAUCUACGUACGCACACGGGUGAGCAACCGUAUCUUUGUGCCCAGUGCGGCAAAGCAUUUAAUAAUGGCAGCAACUUGCGUCAACAUCUUUUGCGCCACACUGGAAUCAAACCAUUCGCUUGUCCCGAAUGUCCAAGUCGAUUUGCAUGCAAAGGAGAGUUGAAGGGACAUAUGACCACCCAUCAAAAUAUCAAACCGUACAGUUGCGAACAGUGCGAUUCGAAAUUCACAAAGCCACAGUCCCUGAAAAAGCAUAUGCGAAUUCAUACAGGAGAGCGACCGUAUGCCUGUGAUGCGUGCGGAAUGACUUUCACCUCAUCAUAUCCUCUGAAGCGUCACAUGCGCACCCAUACGGGCGAGAAACCUUAUCAAUGUAAAUUCUGCGAUAGAUCGUUUGCUCAAAGCAAUGAUCUUGUAAAACAUACCCGCAGUCACGUUGGAGAGAACACUUAUCAAUGUGAAGAAUGUCCUGCAGCUUUUCGAUUACAUAAUGAAUUACGUGCGCACAUACAAGAACAUUUCCGCGAGAAAAAUGAACGAAAAGAUUUCAAUGAAGAUCUGCAAGCGGCAAUUAUUCAACAGAAAGCCGCUGCAGAAUCGGGUAAAUUUAUGAGUGCUCUGAUGCCUGCAAUAGCAGCUCCCACGGUGAAUAAUGAAACAGCCCCAACGACUGAAGAGUUCACUACGGCGAUUGAUGACGAUCGAUUCAUAGAAUCUGCGUUUGUAUGUAGUGAAUGCGUUGCAGAAAUCCAGCGCAGCUAUGAAUUUAUUGUGAAGUGCGAACAAUCAAACAGUCUUUUAGAGAAAUUUUCAACAUGUAAGCAAAAAUCAAAAGGCACCCUCUUACCAAAUAGCAGCAACAGUGAUUCUCAUUUAUCGAAAGAAGAGCUUGAUAAUACAGAACAGGAUGCUAGCAAUGUGGAAAAAUCAAAGCAGUUGAAGUACGAACCAAAAGUGGGUUUAACUCCUAAUGAAACUGUCUUAGAUUGCAGUCAAGAAAUGCAUGACGACAGUGACGAUGAAGAAUAUUUGCUGCAAAUCGUUACUGAUGAUGAUGAUGAACCCGAAAAAGCCACAAAAAUUGAAACCCCGAAAAGAAGACGGAACACUUCAGUUCUUACAUGUAGAACAUGCGGAAGACCUUUUGAAUGCGAAGUCUGUAAGAAGCUGUUCACAACUGAAGAGAAUAAGAAUCGUCAUAUGCUGUUACACAACGCCGUAAUAUCAGGAACAGCAACGAUCCUAAGUCCAAGAACCAGCUUUAGAUGUAUGGACUGUUCUAGAGUGUUCACCAAGCAAGAAUCCUUAUCAUCACAUAUGCGCAAACAUCAAAAUUUGCCUAAUCGAGAGCGAAAAUAUAGUUGCAAGGUAUGUCCUGAAACAUUUCCACGAUCAUCAUUACUGUCGCGACAUAAUAGAACUCACUAUGAGAAUCGGAAAUUUCAAUGCAAUAUCUGCGGAAAAAGAUACGCUGGUAAUGGACAACUAGUUGACCAUUUGAAUAGGCAUAACGGGAUCAAGACACAUUCUUGUGAAGUUUGUGGAAAAGCAUUCUAUUAUCCAAGUCCGUUGAGAGAACAUCUUAGACUGCACUCUGGAGAGGCCCCAUAUCCUUGUCCCCAAUGCGAUAAAGUUUUUGCAAGUAUAGGGAAUUUACGGCAGCAUUUGAAGCGCCAUUCAUCUGAAAAAUCAAUAGAAUGCCCGCAAUGCCCAAGCCGGUUCAAGUGUCAAAGCAAUUUAGUUUCACAUGCCUAUGUUCAUAAGGAUGCAAACCUCUAUGAGUGCGAUGAAUGUGGUAUGAAAUUUUCGAAAACAUAUGUAUUGAAAAAGCAUAAACUUGUGCAUUCUGGGGAGAAGCCUUACGAGUGCCAGAGAUGUCCUAUGAAGUUCAAUUCAUUGUUUCCUUUGAAACGGCACAUGCUUAUACACACUGGAGAGAAACCAUAUCAAUGCAAAUACUGCGAUCGUGCAUUUACACAAUGCAAUGAUUUAGUGAAACAUACGAGGGGCCACGUUGGAGAGAAUAUAUAUAUGUGUGAAGAAUGCCCAAUGGCAUUUCGAUAUCAGAGAGAACUUCGAGCUCAUGUUAAAGAUCAUUUCAAAAAGAAAGCAUUGAGAAGUUCACAAAAUAUGGAUCUCGGCAAAACGUGCAGGACGUGUCUGCGUUCCGAUGGGACAUUGAGUCCUUUGGUUGUGUCGAUUACUCCGAAAGUUGGUUCGGUCUCGAGCGGCGUCGUUGACCUGUGGAAAAUUUACACUCGCUUAUUGGUAACCUACGAUUCUGCUUUGCCUGAUCUCAUAUGCGAUCAUUGCGUGGACGAAAUUCAACAAACGUACUCUUUUCUCGUGAAAUGUGAAAGCUCUGAGUCAUAUUUCAGAGUUUUGAAGGAAAGUAAAGAAGAGACUGCGAAUAUCGAUGACGAGUAUAUGGAUAUAUCAGAAAUUAAAAAUGAGAGUUUACACGUCAAUGGAUUCAUUCCACAAUAUACUGAUAGUUCAGCUAAACAUUCCGUUCAGAAAACGCCAGCAAAUAUAAACCAUUCUAAUAAAACUACCCUUCAGGCAGCAACAGACCAUUCCAAUAAAAGUGACCUUCAGACAGCCACUGACCACUCUAAUAAAAGUACCCUUGAGGCAGCCACAGACAAUUUUAAUAAAAGCACCCUUGGGCCAGCUACAGACAAUUCUAAUAAAAGCACCCUUGAGGCAGACGCAGACAAUUCUGAUAAAAGCAUCCUUCAGGCAGCUCCAGAUGAAGUAACCCAAAAUUCCUGCGAGUUCAAUGAGACAAGUUAUAAAUUCGAAGUAACUGAUAUCACAGACAAUGUUAAAUAUACUUUGGAAAUUGUUGGUGAUCGAGUUUCGCUAGCUGGAGGGAAAGUUAAACAAGAAGUAGAGGUAAAUUUCGACGAAGACUCUACCUCCUUAGACGAGAAUACGAUUUGUAAAGAGAUUAGUCACAAAAACACCAAAACUUGUCCUGCAUGUUCCUAUCAAUGUGAUACACCAGAAGUUCUCGGAAGGCAUAUAGUAGAUGACCAUAUAUUGGGCUCGAUUUGUACUAUAUGCAAGCAAGAGUUUAAAUGUACUCCGUUGGAACACAGUUCUACACAUCUCAGUAUAAAGCAGGCGGCAGCAUCCGACAACGAAUCCGAUAGCAAUCUAGAUAAAGUUCCUAGUCAGAUAGGUUUCCCAUAUAAAUGUGAAUAUUGUAGGAAACCAUUUCGUAGUAAAACUGGAUACAGUUACCAUAUGUUGGUGAAGCACGACUACGCUGAUGAGAAGGAGAAAGUAAUUCAAUGCACUGUUUGCUCGAAGUUUUUCAAAUCGAAUAGUGCUCUUGAAUCUCACAUGCGCACCCAUAACGGACAGAAACCAUACACUUGUGGGUAUUGUUCGAAAAUGUUUGUGCAGAAGGGACAUUUAACCGUUCACAUUCGUUGCCAUACUGGUGAUCGACCGUACAAAUGUACGUUCUGUCCCAAAGACUUUUCAGAUAAGAGUAAUUUCAAUAAACACAUACAAUUUCACACUGGCGAACGACCAUAUAAAUGCAAAGUCUGUCCUCGUACUUUUCAACGUAAAAAAUUACUAGAAAUUCAUUUGUUAUGUCAUACAGCCGAAAAACAGUUUAAAUGUGAAAUUUGUUUGAAAUCGUUUCGUCAGCGAUCGGCGUGGAAAGAACAUGCUAAAAUUCAUUAUUAAAGGAGAGGCGGAGAAAGUCAAUCAAUCCCGCAUGAUUGUAGCCCAAGUGGAAAAUGCUAACGAACUUUAAGAAGACAAAUUUUAGUGUGUCGAUAGAAGUAUUAUGUGUAGUCGGAAUAAUAUUUGUACUCAUUAGAGGUAAGCGUGAAAGUACUAAAGUUAUUUAUAAUCAUAAAUUUGCGAUGCGACCUUGUUUAAUUAUUAAAUAUUUUUAGGAA